UUCGUUUUGCAUAAGAGGCUUCGAGUAAACAUGUUGGCUCUUGGCAUUGGCUCACGAUCAGAAGAUUGGUGGAGAUGACGGAAUCGAGCUGGGAUCUACAGGAAUCAGGUUGGGAGGAGCUUCGGAGAGAAGCUCGCAAAAUCGAAGGCGAUCUCGACGUGAAGCUCUCCUCUUACGCUAAACUCGGCGCCAGAUCCACUCAAGGCGGGUAUGUUGACGCCGGGUCUCCAAGAUCAUGGAAGUCCAUGGAGAUUGAGAUUCAAUCUUCGCUUGAGAAGCUGUUGGACAUUAACGAUUCCAUGAGUAGAUGUGCUGCAUCUGCUGCAUCCACAACCUCGGUUACUCAAAAGCUUGCAAGGCACAGAGAUAUACUUCAUGAAUACACCCAGGAGUUUCGAAGGAUAAAAGGAAAUAUAAACUCCAUGAGAGAACAUGCUGAGCUUUUGAGUUCUGUCAGGGAUGACAUAAGUGAAUAUAAGGCUUCUGGUAGUAUGUCACCAGGUGUGCAAGUCUUAAGGGAGAGAGCUUCAAUCCAUGGAAGUAUUUCUCAUAUUGAUGACGUUAUUGGUCAAGCUCAAGCAACAAGAGCAGUUCUUGGCUCUCAACGAUCUCUGUUUUCAGAUGUUCAAGGGAAAGUUAAAAAUCUCGGAGACAAAUUCCCAGUGAUUCGUGGCUUACUUGGUUCAAUUAGAAGAAGACGUUCUCGGGACACACUUAUCCUCUCUACUGUGAUUGCUGCUUGUACGUUGUUUCUAAUCAUCUACUGGCUCUCGAAAUAAACAGUAUUGUUCAUACACCUAGAGUAUAAGAAGAGCUUAUUAAUUUUUUUCCACGUCUUUUUUCUUCUUCUUGCUUUUGUAUUUUGCUCGGUUUAUGUGUUUGUAGGAUAUAAUGUUACACUCUUAAUCAUAAAACAGCUUAAAGUUCGAGAAAA